AUGAAGAUGAGAACCUGUCUGAUUUUCAUUGUGCUUGUUGUAACAGGUCAAUGCAACAAGGUCUUCAUUGGAGACCAAGUGCUCAGAAUCCAUGUGGAAUCUGAUCAGCACAUUGAACUCCUUCAGGCACUGGAGAAGGAACAGGACUGGGAGCUUGACUUUUGGCUGCAUCCUGUCUCUUCUGAGCUGCCAGUCGACAUUCAUGUACCUUAUGCUAGUCUAAAUGCUGUAAAAGAUUACCUCAAGGACAACAACAUCCCAUUUUCUGUAAUGAUCAACAAUCUACAAGAAAUGCUAGAUGAAGAGCAGGCAGAGAUGGAAAAGAACAAUGGGAGGGAACGCAACUUGAGGAGUUUCAACUUUGGUGCUUAUCACAAACUUGAAACAAUCUACAGCUGGAUGGACACUCUUGUAGCUGAUUAUCCCAAUGUUGUAUCUAAAGAACAAAUUGGAUUGUCCUAUGAGAAUCGUCCAAUGUAUGUCCUGAAGUUCAGCACAGGAGGAACUAAAAGGCCUGCCAUUUGGAUUGAUGCUGGUAUCCACUCCAGGGAGUGGGUGUCUCAGGCCAGUGCUGUAUGGAUUGCCAACAAGAUUGCCUCAGACUACAAUAAUGAUCCCACAGUGACAAAUCUCCUGAAUGCAAUGGACAUCUACCUGAUGAUCAUCACCAAUCCUGAUGGUUAUGUGUACUCUCACACGAAUGAUCGCAUGUGGCGCAAGACUCGCUCAAGUAAUCCUGGAUCUUUGUGCCGUGGAACUGAUCCUAACAGAAACUGGGACUCGGGUUUUGGAGGCCCUGGAACCAGUAAGAACCCCUGCUCAGACUCUUAUCAUGGGCCCCAUGCUCAUUCAGAGGUGGAGGUACAAAAUGUAGUAAACUUAAUCAAGACUCAUGGCAACUUCAAAUCCUUCAUCUCCAUCCAUGCCUACUCGCAGCUCCUCAUGUAUCCUUAUGGAUAUUCAUGCAAAAAUGCACCUCACCAGGCAGAGUUGGACUCCGUGGGUAGAGCUGCCGUGAAUGCCCUCAGCUCCUUGUAUGGGACAAGUUAUAAAGUGGGAAGCAUUUGCAAUAUUAUCUAUCAAGCAAGUGGUGGAAGCAUUGAUUGGUCUUACGAUUUUGGGAUCAAGUACUCAUUUGCUUUUGAGCUUCGUGACACUGGUCGCUAUGGUUUUGUGUUGCCAGCAAGUCAGAUCAUUCCAACUGCAUCUGAAACAUGGUUGGCUUUGAAGCACCUAAUGAUGUAUACUCAUGAACAUCCAUACUAAAGUGCAAUAUGUUGCUUUAAGGCACAACCGUAAAGAAAUAAUAAUAAACACAGUUUGUUAAAUGUU